AGCUACUGAACAUUUUUGCCCAUAAAAUGAGUUAAUUUAAUUUGGGCUACUUUUGUUAUUUAUGUACGUUGACUCGCUAUAAUAUUUCCUUUGUCACCUAGAUGACGUCAUAGGGGAGGUGGAGCGUGACAGUGAGAUAAAAUAAAUAUAGAUUACAGACAACUGACUGAGCUAUUUAAAGGACGACGUUCGAGCGAAAAGAAAAUUAAACUAUUUUCAUCAUCGUUCAAAGAGGCUGCCCCCACUGAUUAGCAGAGCUUCAAGUAUUCGAGACAAGAAAAGUAAGAGUUUGUAAUUGACUGAUAGAGCCCUCGAGCGUCAUUUUAAAAGAAAUAUGGGAGCCACAGAGUGUUUUCGAUGGGUUUUAAAGUUUAUCUGCAUUUUAUUGGCAACCUAUUUGAAUAGGGCGGCUACCGUACAAGAUUCUGGCGAUGUUAGUCUGUUCACCCUCCAUACAGCCCUGAGAGACGGGGAUUACUACGUUCGCUGGAAAGUGAAUGGAGAAUACAUAACGUUUGAGACCACUGCGCGAACUACAGGAUACGUGGCCUUGGGAUUUUCAACAAAUGGCGGUAUGGCAGGAUCAGACAUUAUCAUUGGAUGGGUAAAUGAUGGCGAAGUCAUAAUACAGGACUACCAUGCCAUCGGUGAAGAGCAACCGUUGCUAGAUGAGAGCCAGGACGUGGAGAUAUUGGGAGGGACUGACAACGGCACGUUUACCACAUUGAGAUUUAGACGAAAGCUGGAGACUUGUGACGACAAUGACUGCACAAUUACGGAGGGAACAGUGCGCUUGUUGUGGGCGUUCCGUGACGGCGAUCCAGACCCAGCAAUUGGUCCUCAAUAUCACGUGACAAACCGUGGUGCCAAGAGUGCCUACCUACUGAAUCCAGUAAAGAAAGAAGACGUGGAGCCUUUGCCUGAUGACACUUAUGCCAUUGAUAUAAUAAACGAUAAGGUUCAUAUACAGAAUAAAACUGAUACCACGUAUUGGUGCCAGGGAUUCAAGUUACCAGAAUUUAAUGGAAUACACCAUUUGAUAAGGAUAGAGCCUAUCAUUCAACCGGGACACGAAGCUUUGAUCCACCACAUGAACGUUUAUGGCUGUUAUCACGAUCUCAACCAAACAGACUUGCAUUUAAAGGGAGGAGUCUGUAACACAGACAACAUGCCGGAUGAUUUCAAACAAUGCAAAGUUUUAAUAAUGGGAUGGGCGUUCGGUGGAGAG